AUGGGAGAACCAGGCAUGGGAGAACCAGGCAUGGGAGAACCAGGCAUGGGAGAACCAACGAUGGGAGAACCAACGAUGGGAGAACCAACGAUGGGAGAACCAGACAUGGGAGAACCAGACAUGGGAGAACCAGACAUGGGAGAACCAACCAUGGGAGAGCCAACCAUGGGAGAACCAGACAUGGGAGAACCAGACAUGGGAGAACCAGACAUGGGAGAACUAACCAUGGGAGAGCCAACCAUGGGAGAACCAGACAUGGGAGAACCAGACAUGGGAGAACCAGGCAUGGGAGAACCAGGCAUGGGAGAACCAGGCAUGGGAGAACCAGGCAUGGGAGAACCAGGCAUGGGAGAACCAGACAUGGGAGAACCAGACAUGGGAGAACCAGACAUGGGAGAACCAGACAUGGGAGAACCAACCAUGGGAGAACCAGGCAUGGGAGAACCAACCAUGGGAGAACCAGGUAUAGGAGAACCAACCAUGGGAGAACGAACCAUGGGAGAACCAGACAUAGGAGAACGAACCAUGGGAGAACCAGACAUGGGAGAACCAGACAUGGGAGAACCAACCAUGGGAGAACCAACCAUGGGAGAACCAGACAUGGGAGAACCAGACAUGGGAGAACCAACCAUGGGAGAACCAGGCAUGGGAGAACCAACCAUGGGAGAACCAGGUAUAGGAGAACCAACCAUGGGAGAACCAACCAUGGGAGAACUAGGCAUGGGAGAACCAGGCAUGGAAGAACCAGGCAUGGGAGAAGAAACCAUGGGAGAACCAGGAGCACCGGGGCCCCAGGAGCACCGGGGCCCCCAGGAGCACAGGGGCGCCCUGGAGCACCGAGGCCCCCAGGAGCACCGGGGCGCCCAGGAGCACCCGGGGCCCCCAGGAGCACAGGGGCGCCCUGGAGCACCGAGGCCCCCAGGAGCACCAGGGCGCCAAGGAGCACCCGGGGCGCCCAGGAGCACCGGGGCGCCAAGGAGCACCCGGGGCGCCCAGGAGCACCGGGGCGCCCAGGAGCACCCGGGGCGCCCAGGAGCACCGGGGCGCCCAGGAGCACCCGGGGCGCCCAGGAGCACCCGGGGCGCCCAGGAGCACCCGGGGCGCCCAGGAGCACCGGGGCGCCCAGGAGCACCGGGGCGCCCAGGAGCACCGGGGCGCCCAGGAGCACCCGGGGCGCCCAGGAGCACUGAGGCCCCCAGGAGCACCGGGGCGCCCAGGAGCACCGGGGCCCCCAGGAGCACCGGGGCCCCCAGGAGCACCGGGGCCUCCAGGGGCACCGGGGCCCCCAGGAGCACCGGGGCCCCCAGGAGCACCGAGGCCCCCAGGAGCACCCGGGGCGCCAAGGAGCACCGGGGCGCCAAGGAGCACCGGGGCCCCCAGGAGCACCGGGGCGCCCAGGAGCACCGGGGCCUCCAGGAGCACCGGGGCCCCCAGGAGCACCGGGGCGCCCAGGAGCACCGAGGCCCCCAGGAGCACCGGGGCCUCCAGGAGCACCGGGGCGCCCAGGAGCACCGAGGCGCCCAGGAGCACCGGGGCCCCCAGGAGCACCGAGGCCCCCAGGAGCACCGGGGCCCCCAGGAGUACCGGGGCGCCCAGGAGCACCGGGGCCCCCAGGAGUACCGAGGCCCCCAGGAGUACCGAGGCCCCCAGGAGCACAGGGGCCCCCAGGAGCGCUGUGCAUACUCGUGA